CAAAUGAAAAAUAAUGGAGCUUGUUUUAGACGGAAAGCAUGGCUUGGAUUUGGGUGAUCGUCGCUAUUACAAUAAUUGUUCUUGCGUUUCUCCUACAGUACUCGUGGGAGUUCAAAGGCAAGAAUUUGCCUCCUGGUCCAAAAGGGUUUCCCAUUUUUGGAAGCCUUCAUUUGAUAGGAAAGCUUCCUCAUAGAGAUCUUCAUCGUUUAUCCCAGAAAUAUGGACCCAUAAUGCACAUGAAAUUAGGCCUGGUUCACACCAUCAUAGUCUCAUCUCCUCACGCAGCCAAGCUGUUCCUCAAGACCCACGACCACGUAUUUGCAAGCCGGCCCCUAAUCCACACUUCCAGCAUUAUGACAUAUGGUAAAAAAGAUUUGGUAUUUGCUCCAUACGGUUCGUAUUGGCGCAACAUCCGCAAAAUGUGCACGCUCGAAUUGUUCAGCUCUCUCAAAAUCAACUCAUUUAAAUCCAUGAGGAAGAAGGAGGUUCGGGAGUUGAUUGAGUAUCUUAAAACAGCUUCGACAGACCGCAUGGUUGUGAGAUUGAGUUCGAAAGUGACUUCUUUGAUUGCUGACAUGACUUGUUUGAUGGCGUUUGGGAAGAAAUAUAGAGAUGAGGAAUUUGGUGAGAGAGGGUUUAAGGCAGUGAUACAAGAAGGUAUGCAAUUAGUAAUUGCUCCUAAUUUGGCGGAUUAUAUUCCUUUUGUUGCUCCAUUUGAUAUUCAAGGCUUGAAUCGUCGUGCUACUUUUGUUCUGAAGGAAUUUGAUGGGUUUUUUGAGAGGAUUAUUGAAGAACAUAUUGAGUCCAAAGAUGGAAAUAGAAACAAAGAUUUUAUGGACCAUUUGUUGGAUAUCAUGAUGUCCUCACAAGACCCUGAUGGAUAUCAAAUUGAUCGCUCUAAUAUUAAAGCUAUUGCUCUUGAUGUGCUGUCGGCAGCAAUGGACACUUCAGCCACAGCAAUUGAUUGGGCACUAGCGGAGCUCAUCAAACAUCCACAAGCAAUGAAGGAAUUACAAGUGGAAUUAGAGAAAGUGGUUGGUUUAAAUAGAAUGGUUGAAGAAUCUCAUUUAGAACACUUACAAUAUUUGGGAAUGGUCAUUAAAGAGGUUUUAAGGCUGCAUCCACCUGCUCCCUUGUUAGUUCCACACGAGUCUCUUGAAGAUUGUACGGUUGAUGGUUUUCAUAUUCCUAAGAAAUCGCGUAUAUUUGUCAACGCUUGGUCAAUUGGGCAAGACCCAAAUGUAUGGAUUGACCCACAAAAAUUCUUUCCGGAAAGAUUCAUCCAUAGCUUAGCUGAUGUGAAAGGGAGAGACUUUCAUUUGAUUCCGUUUGGAUCAGGUCGUCGAAGUUGUCCUGGAAUACAUUUAGGAUUACUUAUAGUUUCACUUGUGGUGGCUAAUCUUGUGCAUUGUUUUGAUUGGGAGCUUCCAAAUUGUAUGUUGGCAACUGAUUUGGAUAUGGAGGAAGAAUUUGGUUUAACCUGUCCUAGAGCUCAGGAGCUUAUGCUCAUUCCUACUUACCGUCUUCGCAACUAACAAGUUGAAGUUAAACGUGAUUGUUGGAGUGCUGCACACAUCCAUUAUAUACGAACAAAAAGUUGGAUUUGGUUUAAGUAUUAUUGGAUGUUUAGUCGUGAAUUUUUAUGCUAUUUUUCUAUUUUAUGUCUAAUAAUUAUUCUUAUAUAUACUUUCAAGCACAUGUAUAUUUGCUCAAAAUAGCAUAACUAUUGAAAACUAUGGACCUUUUUAGGCAACGUAAACCUGCACAAAAUAUGCAUUCUGGAGUUGCUUAGCAGCCACAAAGUUAAUUCUUUCAAAUCAAUGAGAGGGAAAGAAAGUGGAGUUAUUGUUGAUUAAGGAGCUACGUGAGGCUGCAAGAAGUGCACAUGUUAAUGGUUUUUAGAAAGACAUAUGAAGAUAAAGAACUUGAUGAAAAGGGUUUAAAGUAGAUCGAUGGUAGAAGAGGCCUUCAAAGUAACUGGAGCUUUUAACUUGGGGGGAUUUCAUUCCUUUUAUUGCUGCUCCUGAUCUCCAAGGAUUGAGCCGUCGGUGCAAAAUCUGUUCAUAAAGUAUUUGAUAGUUUUCUUGGAAGGAUCAUAGACGAACAUCCUUGAAUAAUCCAAGAAUAAUAAUAACAAUUGAUAACAAAGAAGACGUAGAUGCCAUGUUGGACAUCAUGGAAUCUCAAGAAACCGAGACUACCCUAUUGAUCGAUAUGAUCCACCAUCAAAGCUAUCCUGCUGGUAAGUAAUUAAACAUGACUGUUUAGUUUCCACUAAUAUAUUCACUUUUCAAUUGCUAAAAUAUAU